AUGGUUACGGAAACUGGAAAGUUGCUUACCCGAAUGGCACAUGGUGAAAUUUUCCAUUGCCAUAUUCUUGUUUUCGUUCCACCUUCACCUAUUACUUAUCAAAGAGAGAGCAUCCGUGUCGAAUGUGUCGAAGAAAAGCGAAUACCAGAAACUUUAGAAAAACUUAGUGAUAACAGGUAUGGGUACAGAGAAUUAACUAGAUGCCGAUCCCCACCAAUCUUCCUUAAAGAUGGAGAACGAAUACGUAUAAAUUUGAAUGGAGGUAUAAAGCUUCCCGAGGGAUUUCAGAAAGAUCAAAUGAUUAUUACGUUCCUCCGCGAAGGUCUCCAUAAGCACGUCGUAUUCCCAGCUGUGACUAAGUUUGGAAACCGCCCUUCACCUUGGGCGUAUUUGAACUUCAAUCGAAGUGAUGGCAAAACGAUCUAUGAAACUUUCUUCGACGCUGAAUUUCCGUUCAGGAAAGAGAAACAAAAAGCCGAUUACGGAGCAAGCUUUGAAUCGUUGCCGUAUCUAGCAAACCGAUCACGUGCUGUUAGUGCAUUGGAUAUAAAUGAAACAGGAAAGACUAUCCCAUUUUCAAGACCAGUCUCCGCACCAUCUGACCAGUCCUCACGAUCGCCCAGUAUCAUCGACAAAACCGUCCUAGUAUUGACAGAAUUGCUUUCACCAAAGGAAUGGAAAUUUGUUUUAAGGGAAAUUAUUGAUGAAAAGAAAGAGGUUAAUCCCGAUAGCAUAAUCGAGGAGGCAGUUGCUAACAACAAAAGUGAUGUCAAGGAGGCAAUUUAUCAGUCGCUGAAAAGUUGGACGCACAUGUAUAUGUCAAGCUGCACACAAAACCAGAAAGUUGAUGAAAUAAUUCAAAGACUUCAGAAAAAGUACCAAGGAAUUGCAAUCGAACUAGAGAAAAAGGUGAAGACUAACCAAGCGAAAAUGUGA